AUGGCUCCAACUCUUACCGUCAAUGGCCAGCCCGUCGAGGCUUACAGCGACACUAAGCCGACCACCAUCCAGUACGAUGCCACUUCAGAGCUACCUGCAGUUCAUCAACGAGCGCUUCCUCCACGGCCGCUAGGGGAUCACAUACCUCCUCGCGGUAUCCGUGAGCCUGUCAACGUUCCUCAGGAUCGUGGUCUCUCCGCAGACCCCAAUCUCCCGCAUCUGCUCGCCAAUGCCGAACGAAUUGAUCUGACACCGUCGCUGGGCACUCUUCUCAUCGGUAUCCAGCUUUCGGCGUUGACAGAUGAACAGAAAGAUGAGUUAGCGCUGUUGGUGGCUCAUCGUGGCGUUGUCUUCUUCCGAGAUCAGGACAUCACGGCCGAGCAACAACGCGAACUAUUUGAUUAUUAUGGUAUUCCUGAGCUUCUUCCGGACCCUGAAGACGAGAAGGCUGCUGGAAAGCCCAUUGUCAAUGGCAUUCAAGAGCAGGAAGAGGACUACCGUGGAGUCUACGUUCACUUUAAAUGGCCCUUUGCCGACUUUCACGCGGAUAGUAGCUUCCAAGCGAAUCCUCCUUCAUUCUCGCUCCUGAGAGUCGACGAGCUGCCUCCCACCGGCGGAGACACUGCAUGGAUCUCCGGAUACGGCACGUACGAAACCCUUUCAGGACCACUUCAACAUUUUGCAGAUGGAUUGAAAGCAUGGCACAGUUCCGAGCACGUCUACGACUCCGUUCUCAACCACUGGGGCAGAUCGCCUCAAGAAAGACCAGUCGAAACCCUUCACCCAGUCGUGACCACGCACCCGGUCACCGGAUACAAAGUCCUGAACUUGAAUUCCGGGUUCGUCACACGAAUCGACGGUCUCAAGCGCUAUGAGUCGGAUAAGAUCCUCGAAUUGCUUUUCACUCACAUCCAUACGGCUCAGGAUCAUACGGUUCGUUUCCGCUGGGAGAAGAACUCGGUGGCAUUGUGGGAUAAUCGUGCUACCACGCACCGUGCCACGCAUGACUACGCCCCUCUUCAUCGUCAUGGAGUGCGUGUGACCAUUAAGGGGCAGAUCCCCCGUCAUGUUCCGGAGAGUGAGAGUAGAAAGAAAGCGGUUGUGAAGGCGCUAAAGGAGGGGAAGGUCUAUGCGGUUCAUGAUGAGAAUACGAGGAAGGGGAAUUAUCAUGAACGAGGGUUCCCGAAAGUAUAG